AUGUCGACCGGGUUACCAAGACAAGCUAUUCGUCUUCUACGGAACGUGACGUAUCCAGAGACCUCAUCGAUACUCCUCCAAGUUCACGUGAAGACGGGGGUUAAGCCACCAAAAGAAGAUUCUAUACUAUCUGUUGAAGACGACCAGAUUAAGCUUCAAGUCCAAUCUCCAGGAGUCAAUGAUCGAGCCAACACGGCUGUCAAAUUGCUCCUGAGCAAGGUAAAUUUCCAAAAGGAUAGUUCUGAAUGUCCCAAAGACAAAUAUUAA